UGAGCGACUGGAGAGAGGAGCGAGAGGCUGAACGGUGCGGCGGCGGAAGAGCAACGAUCGGUAGCGUGAACAUGGCGGAGACCGUACGCUCGCUCUUCGACUACCGGGAAACACACAGCCUGGACAGCGACGGGGAAGGCGUCAAACCGGCACCGCCACUGCGGGGGCGCGGCUGUGGAAGAAAAAGGAAAGGGACACCCGUGAAAGUCUUUGUUACACACACUGAGGAAGAGAGCGUGCCUGAACACAGCUUCAGCCCAGGUGAUCGUAAAGAAGCAGCAGAGAAUAAACGGCCCAUACUGGACGGGCCUUUCUACAACACAGAUUCUACUUCUCACAACUGUGGUCCAUCAGUGCAAGUUCAUGACAGAGUCUCCACUGGAUCCAAGACCAGCUCCUGCUCAGCCUCUACCCCAGCUCCAGCUCCUGCCGCUUCCUCUGCUCCAACCCUAACACCACUCCCUGCUCCCGCCCCGGCCACAGCGACUACAGCUCAGGCCCCGUCUCUGACCCCCGCGUCCACAGCUCCAUCUGCUCCGACAGCCUCUGCACCAGCCCCAACAGCCAGCUCAUUUCCCCCCUCCCCUAACUGCCGCAUCCGAGAGGUCCACUGUGGGAGUCAGGUGCGGCUGGUCGUUAUUGCCAUCCGAGACAUCACCAAGGGGGAGGAGAUCACUGUGGACUACAGCCUGACAGAAUGGGGAGAGAACUUGGGUUUCCGUGGCACUGUGUCUCCAGCGCAACAUGAGUGUAACUCUGACUCCGAGAAUAACAACAAUAUCAAAAAGGAGGAUGAGCCUCUCUCUCUGACAGCCCAGCAGCAGCAGCGGCAACAGCAGCAGCAACAGCAGCAGCAGCAGCAGCAGCAGCAGCAGCAGCAGGAGUACGUCACCCCCUCUUGGUCCCUCUCCCCCUCUUCCUCCCCCAUCUCCCACUCUGACGCCAGUGACUCAGACGCUGGAGAUGAAGACAACACCAGCCCCCGCGGGCGUGCACCACGCCGGCGCAAGAAACGGCGCGGCGCUCCCUCAAAGAAAAAGACCACCCAUCGAACGCCAUCAGGGCGGCCACCGCCAGUCUCCCCCACCAGCAUUCCUCAUCACAACCGUCCGCUUUCUUUAUCCCACCCUCCAGCACAGUCAUCCCCUCCCUGCUCGUCCUCCUCUUCCUCUUCAGUUAAGCCUGUGUUCAAAGCUCCAGCUCCACUGGGCUCCAACACCAAAGGCAACAUCAACAUAAAUGUCCCCAGAGGAGGAGUAUCCAUAGACUCCAUGCGCCAAACCUGUGAGCACUGUGGACGCCACUUCCGCUCCCUGGGUCGCCACUUGGAUAAACACCAUGCCCACCAACCUGAAGUGUGCUCUGCCUUGGUGGAGCGCUACACACAGAUGCCCCGUCUGCAUGUACAGAACAAAAACCCUACCACAGCUCACACACACACUUCGCAGCAUCCAAAGUCGUCACAAGCCGUAGGACAGAGCCGCAGUUCAGAUCUUUCACAGAUUGGCGUCCAGGACCUCUCCAUGCCUCCGCCCACUCUGACAGCAGCUAACCAAUCCCCUACCUCCUCUGGAAGAAACUCCACUCCACCUGUGCUGACGCCUCCACGAGGACAGAAUGCAGUGCCUGUGUCUGUCCUGAAGAGAAGCCCACCCCCUGUGGCUGUAACGCAGUCCAGGAAGGGAGCAAUGAGGAGGCUAAAGACAGAAAGACAGGAGGAGGAGGGAGAGGACGAGGAGGAUGAAGACGAAGAAGAUGUGGAGGUCGUGGAGAUAAAGAGGCCCAAAGAGGAGGAAGACGUUGAGGUGGUGUGCCCUCAGCCCUUCAGCAGUAAGCUGUCCAAAGAGAUGGAGCCACCAAAAGAAGAAGAAGAUGAAGAAGAUGAGGAAGAAGAGGAAGAGGAGGAGGAGAAUGGAGUGAUGGAGGUGGAAGAUGAAAGUGGGACAGAGGAUAAGGAAAAGGACUUGCUGAGUGGGUCAGGGCGUCACCACAUGCUGCCCCUCCUCUCGUCCUUGUCCUCUCUGGUGCUGUACCUUCGUCGGCUUCAGCACUCGGCCUUCUUAUCCCUGUCUCGGCAGCUACAAUCAGCAGAGGCCUGGCGCCUUCUGUGCCAUUCCAGCCUGGCUCUCCUCAUCCUUUACAACCGACGACGCGAGUGUGAGGUCUCCAAGCUGUCCAUCGCCGAAUAUCGUGCUCGUGUCACUCCCCAGUGCCCUGUUCCUGUCCCACCUGGUGCCCCUCCAGCGCUUACUCCAUUGGAGGCCUCCCUGUCCCCCUUUGAGCGCCUGGUGCUUCCUCACCUCCCUAGAGUUGGGGUCCAGGGUAAACGUGGACGAGUCCAGCCCCUUAUCCUCCCCCCUCACUGCGAACCCUGCCUGGAGCUCCUCCUGCAGACACGGCAGGAUGUGGGAGUUGACCCUGCAAAUCCGUAUGUCUUCGCCAGGCCCUACCACUCCCCUGCCACUCCUCUGCGAGGUACUGACCUCCUCCGCAGCCUAGCCCGCUCAAGUGGUACCCGCAAUCCCCGUGCUCUGACCCAGACCAGGGUUCGCCGACAGGUAGCUAUACUCACCCAGCUGCUGCUACUGGGAGAGGGAGAGGAACCCGGGCAGCCUGGAGGCAGCGCUGUGGAGAGGCUAGAGCACUUCCUGGAGAGAGAGUACCAUGUGACACAGAACUGUACCGGAAUUGGCCAAGACCCAGGCCUGAUGGGCAGAGUGGGCAGAGUGGUGCUUUGUGGAGAGAGAGAUGGAGUGCUGUUCAGAGGAAUGAGCCUGAACCACAUCUGCCUGGAGCUGGAUGUUAUGUCAGGAAAUUCUGCGGACUCAUACUCAGAAGGAGAGUCUGAAGGGGAACAGGUGAAGGAGAAGCUUGAAUCGCCAGCCCCUGCUCCUGCUCCGAACCCUACACCUACUCUGCUCUAUGUCAGAAAGGGCAAGAACAACGGACGGGUGGGACGACCCAAGAAGCUCAAGAACAUCCAGCCGCCCCCUCCACCUCCUCCACCUCCACCCGCAAAUCGCAGGAGAGGCUCAGGUCAGCCCAAAUCAGGAAAACGAGGCGUCCUGAAGCGUCCCUGGUCAGAGGCGGAGCGUGCGGCAGUCGAGGAGCACCUGACCCAAAACAUCACAGAGCUCCGAGUCCCUGCGAAGGCUGACUGUGAGCGCUGCCUGCAGCAGUGCCCCCUGCUGGUCAGCAACCACCGCGACUGGCGAGCCAUCAAGUUCUACUGCCACAAUCGCAUUCAGCUGCUGAAGAAAAACCAGCGGCGCGAAAGUGAGCCCCAGCCCCUCACUGUCUGCUGAGGAGGAAGAGUGUUCAGGGGAGGCAGGGAGGGGCUGGAGAGGGAGGAUGUCUUGUGUGUUGCAGCUGAUCAGAGCAGAUUCUCAAAUGGUACCCUCCUGCCCAGGAAAUGCACUACUUUUGAGAGGACGGUCCAAAAUUUCACUCUUCUAAUAGCACGUUGGUUUUUUUUUUGGUUGUUUUUGGUUUGUUUUUUUUUUUGUUUUUUUUUUUAGCUAAUUUGACACCUAAUGGCAUUUUUACUUUGAGCCACACAGAACAGAAAUCUGAAUUAACGUUUUGCUGCUCUUUAAAAAAGGUCUUAAAAAAUGACACUAGAGUCUUUAUGGUGCUCCUGGUUUGUGGGUUGUCAAAAGCAGUGCACUUGGAUGGGUGCCGUUUGAGACAUGCCUUGGGGGACUUGGGGGACACUGGCCUCAGCCUGUGUUGUGUUGUAUAUGGACUUUUUUAUUUCUCUGCUUCCAAAACAGUUACUCUAAACUGAAAUGUAAACAAGUGAGGCAUUUGAGCCCCGCAGUGUUGUUACAUGAACGUCGUGAAGUAGCAUUAGUGUUUUAUGCACUUGGAGACGUUAAUAGGACAAAUGGCCUGUGCUUGGGUCACACUUUUCUUAAUAGUGGCUAUAUAACUAGAGUAGGCCUAACUACUGUUAACUUAGAAUAAUAACCAGAUCUUUCCUCAAGCAAGCUAGUUCUUCUUUUCAUACAGCUGACUGUGCAAUUCUGACAGUGGUUUCAUUAUAUUUGGAUCACCAUUAACAUGUAAGGUUCUAGGUGAUGAAUAAGUUACUCUUUUACAGUUUUAUGAAGUUUUUUUAAGUGGAACACAAGAUUACAAUGGAGAUGAAGAACUCCAGAGUGAGGGUUUCACGAGAGAGACAAAAGGUCUCAGAAUGUUACGAAGUUAUCUAUGGAUACCCAAGAUGUUCGGUUAAACCACAAAGUCCAGAAACAUGAGAGCUGUUUGGAAGACCCAUUGCGUUGGACUCAAGAUGUCGACAGCUACCAUUUCCCCCCUGAGGAACAGUAUGUUCUCGUUUCCUGUCGUUUGUUGUUUAUUUCUGCCUGUUGCACAUUUGUUAUUCAAAGCAGUAAAAAAGGUGCUAUAGGCCAAUAAGCUGGAUAUCACUUUAUACAAGGAGAGGAGUUUUCCCUUGGUUAUUUUUAGAAGUUUCUCAAAAAGUGGGCAUUUAUCAGAGAUGUGAUUGUUCUGUCACCACGUUUGUUGCAUUGUCUGUGUCGUCUUUCCCAUUGGCUAGAGCUCCUCUUGUCCUUUCCCAGCCACACUACACGGUUUGCAGCUCGACCAGAUUUUUGGCUUCUCUUCGGCGUUGCUGAGACUCUGCGUCCAUCGGACUAAAACCUCAAGACAGAUACUUGAAGUUAUUUAAACCUUUUGCAGAAUCUUUAUGUUCUUUCUCGCUCUAGCCUUGCCAGUUACAUUGUACAUAACAAAUAUAUUAUCAUUAUGCUAACUGGUUGUUUGUGCUAGGCUAUAUGUAGCUUUUUCCAUUUCCGAGUUAUCGCGAUCUGUAAAUAAGCCUGUUUGUAAAUACUCCUCAGAGAAACAAAGAAAAAACACAAUGUAUGACAUGCCUUGGUUAUUGUGUUAUGUUUUUUCUUUUUUAUAAGUCUUAUAAAAAUUUAAAGCUCUA